AUGAUCAGUAUUGAGUUCUUAGAUCUUUCCCAAAAUCAUUUGACCAGGAUUAUUCCAAAGUCUUUAGAGUCUCUUGUGUAUCUAAAAUUCAUUAACCUUUCAUACAAUUCCUUACAUGGAGAAAUUGCAAAUGGUGGGCCUUUUCAAAACUUUACAGCCCAGUCUUUUAUGAUGAUUGGAGAUCUUUGUGGGAGCCCUCAACUACAAGUCCAACCUUGUAGGAAAGAAAACAAGCACUUGUCAACUAAAAUGAAGCUUUUGAUCAAGUGCUUUUUGCCUAUCAUAGCUAAAAUUUCUAUAGUGUUAUGCAUAAAUUUUCUAAAGCAAAAGCAACACCGUGUUGAUGAGUCAUCCAAGAGGGAGAUGGUAAAUUUGGAAACACCUAUUAGGAUAUCCUAUUAUGAUCUCCCAAAUGGAACAAAUGGAUUUGAUGAGAGUAAUCUUCUUGGCUCAAGAAGUUUUGCAUCAGUAUACAAAGCCAUUCUCUCAAAUGGAAAGAUAGUUGCAGUUAAAGUGUUUAACUUGGACUUGGAAGAAGCAUUAAGGAGCUUUGAGAUUGAAUGUGCUAUCAAAUGCAACUUACAUCAUCGCAAUCUCAUUAAGAUAAUCAGUAGUUGUUCAAAUGAUGAUUUUAAAUCUUUGAUAAUGGAAUAUAUGUCAAAUGGGAGUCUUGACAGAUGGUUGUACUCUCACAACUAUUGUUUAGAUAUCCUGCAAAGGUUGGAUAUAAUGAUUGAUGUGGCCGCGGCAUUAGAAUAUCUUCAUCAUGGUUCUUCUACACUAGUUGUUCAUUGUGAUGUUAAACCAAGUAAUGUUUUGUUGGAUGAGGAUAUGGUAGCUCAUCUUAGUGAUUUUGGCAUUGCCAAGCUGUUUGGUCAAAGACAGUUGGAAAUUUAUACCAAAACUUUUGCUUCUAUUGGCUACAUGGCUCCAGUUUGGUGUGAGACAAACAUCACCACCGACAAAUCUUCACUUCUUGCUCUCAAACCUUAUAUCUUCUUGGAUCCACACGAUUUUUUAGCUAAUUGGUCUACCUCUUCUUCUCCAUGUAAUUGGAUUGGGGUCACUUGUAAUACUCGCCAUGGAAGGGUUCAUUCAUUGAAUCUUAAUGGCAUGGAUCUCAGGGGUAUCAUAUCUCCACAGUUGGGAAAUCUAUCAUUUCUUGUUGAACUUGACCUUGGAAACAAUAGAUUUCACGGUCACAUACCAAAAGAGUUAGGUCAAUUGCGAAGGCUAAAACUGCUCGACUUAAGCUACAAUGAAUUUGAUGAAGAAGUUCCAAUAUGGAUAGGAGAUUUGUCAAUACCACAAUAUUUGAGUCUUCACAAUAAUAGUCUUAAUGGAUUGAUUCCAUUAUCCAUAUGCAACUUGUCAAAAUUGGAGGCUUUGGAUCUGAGAGCUAAUAACUUCAUCGAGGGGAACAUUCCAAUUGAUAUUGGAAGACUCAAGUACUUGAAGUUUUUAGGAUUUGGGAAGAACAAGCUCUCGGGAAUCAUACCUCAGACAAUUUCUAAUUUAUCUUCACUUGAGUCCUUGAGUGUGUCUUAUAAUACUUUGUCAGGAGGCAUUCCCAGUGAAAUUGGCAACCUUCCACUAUUACAGACAAUGUAUCUUUCAAACAAUCAGCUUUCUGGUUCUAUACCAUCUUCAAUAUUCAAUAGUUCAAUGUUGCAAAAUAUUGAACUUAAUGAAAAUCAUUUGUCUGGUAGACUCCCAAAAAAUAUAUGUUUUGGGCUUCCAAAACUUGAAAGCUUUUUUGUGUAUCUAAAUGAUUUGUCAGGUGAAAUUCCCUCAAUUUGGCAUCAAUGCAAAGAGUUGGUUGAUUUAGAAUUAAGUGAGAAUAAAUUCAAAAGAGGAUUCAUGCCUAGCGACAUUGGAAAUUUGACCAACCUCCAAUUCUUACAUCUUUACAACAGCAACUUGGAAGGUGAAAUUCCUCUAUUUCUUUUUAACAUGUCUUCUUUGAGAAGAUUUGCCAUUGGCUUCAAUAAUUUAUAUGGCAAUUUGCCAAAACAGAUGUGCCGUCAACUGCCUUUAAUAGAAGGCAUCGAGGUGAAUGGGAAUCAAUUAAAAGGAAACAUUCCAAAAUCAAUAAGUAAUUGCACACAUUUAAGUGAACUAUUCUUGAACCUCAAUUCAUUUACAGGUUUUGUACCCUAGGAGAUAGGCAAUCUUGAUAGACUUGAACUGUUAGGUUUGCAAGCAAACUAUUUUGAUGGAUCCAUUCCUUCCAAAAUAUUCAACAUUUCAGCAUUGAAAAAGGCGUCCUUUUCAAGUAACUACCUCUCUGGCCCUCUCCCUUCAUAUUUAGGAAGUGGCCAUCGC